AUGACACGAGAACAGUACGUACUGGCAACACAGCAAAAUAAUCUGCCAAGAACGGAACACCCUCAGCUUUAUCCAGUGGGAAUUUAUGGCUGGCGAAAGAGGUGCCUGUACUUCUUUGUCCUCUUGCUGUUGGUUACCAUGAUCGUUAACUUAGCAAUGACAAUCUGGAUACUGAAAGUUAUGAAUUUCACAGUGGAUGGAAUGGGGAAUCUGAGAGUCACCAAAAAAGGAAUUCGGCUCGAAGGUAUAUCUGAAUUUCUACUUCCAUUGUAUGUGAAAGAAAUCCAUUCCCGAAAGGAUAGCGCUCUGGUCUUACAGUCUGACAGGAAUGUUACAGUGAAUGCAAGAAAUCACAUGGGACAGUUAACGGGACAGCUGACUGUAGGAGCUGAUGCUGUAGAAGCCCAAUGUAAAAGAUUUGAAGUGAGCUCAAGCGAAGACGGGAGGGUGCUGUUCUCUGCCGAUGAAGAAGAGAUCGUCAUUGGAGCCGACAGACUGAAAGUAACGGGCACAGAAGGAGCAGUGUUUGAACACUCUGUGGAGACACCCCAUAUCAGAGCCAAGCCUUCCCAAGACCUCAAGCUCGAAUCACCAACUAGAUCAUUGAUAAUGGAAGCUCCCAGAGGAAUACAAGUGAGUGCAGCUGUAGGGGACAUAAAGGCCACCUGUAGAAAAGAAUUACACUUGCAGUCCACAGAAGGGGAGAUCUUUUUAAAUGCGAACUCAAUCCGAUUAGGGAAUCUGCCGGUGGGUGCACUGUCCCCUCCCUCGUCGCCAAGUUCAUCAACCACUCGCCAGACUAUCUAUGAGCUCUGCGUUUGUCCCAAUGGUAAACUUUACCUUUCCCCAGCGGGAGCAGGCUCCACGUGCCAGUCCAGCAGCAACAUCUGUCUGUGGAGCUGAAAAGACUCCCCGUUCCUCCUCACACCAGAAUAGCCUUUUUGUUACUGUCCCUCUGCUUCACAGUUCUGCUUGGUUUCCUUCGUUAAAUCGUGACGUUCCGAACCGCCCACAGAGCAACCUCUUCCAGUGGAAGCAGGAAUACAAUGCGGCCUUCUCGUCUGGCUUAUGAACAUUAGAGAUGGAAGAACGAAGAGAGAAUAAAAACGGUUGCCUCCAUCAGGAAACCUGGAUCUUAGUAUCCCCUUUUGUCCAAAAGGGAGAAUAACACAGGUGCCUUUGCUAUAGAUGAAGUGAAGCACAUUGUUUUAGAUUUUUUGCAGGAACUGUAAAUGAGAAACUGCACAUAUA